GCCGCUGUCGCUGCCGUUCGGUGUGUUCGCAUACAAGAAGGAAAAAAUUUGUUUUUUUGCAACGGUCGGUCGCGCGGCGCGCUGCGGGUGUGCUGUUGCUGCAUACACACCAAGCAAACAUACACAACCAACAUAAAAGGAAAGGCAAACACAAUAUAAAGAGUGUGUGGCCUUCAGUGUUCAGUUUAAAAAUAAAGAAGUAAAAAAAGUUUAUAAGACAACACACAUACAGCAGUCUACGUUUCAAGUACAAAGCCCUACAACAAGAAAACGGCUCCAACUGAACGACCAACAACAGCUGCUAACAGUUUGUGAAGCACUGCACAUUCCCUGCUGCUUGUUCCCCCACGUAGUCAACAACGCAUGAGGAGGUCAAAUAGCACUGCUGCUGCACCUUUCAUAAAACACCAAGCGCCGCGGAGUUUUCUGUGGCGGUGGUCCGCAAACGACAACUGCCGGUCCAUCAGCUGGUAAUGUGGCAAAUGCUGCAGCGCUUGCCGGUGGUAAAAGUUCAAGCAAUAAUAUGUAUUCCACCCGCCAAUCUGUAAGCACCACAACCGGUGUACUUAUGGUCGGACCAAAUUUUCGUGUCGGUAAAAAAAUUGGCUGUGGUAAUUUUGGCGAAUUGCGUUUAGGCAAAAAUCUUUACAACAAUGAACAUGUAGCAAUAAAAAUGGAGCCUAUGAAGUCAAAGGCUCCACAACUACACUUAGAGUAUAGGUUUUAUAAACUAUUAGGAUCACAUGCCGAUAGCGCCCCAGAUGGCAUACCACGCAUUUAUCAUUUGGGCACAUGCGGUGGCCGUUAUAAUGCCAUGGUUUUAGAGUUAUUGGGAUUAUCAUUAGAAGAUCUCUUCAAUAUUUGCUCCCGUAAAUUUUCACUUAAGACUGUAUUGAUGAUAGCGAAACAACUUCUCCACCGGAUCGAAUAUGUUCAUAGUCGGCACUUAAUAUAUAGGGAUGUGAAACCAGAGAAUUUUCUCAUUGGCAGAACAUCAACAAAACGUGAAAAAAUUAUACACAUAAUUGAUUUCGGUUUGGCCAAAGAAUACAUUGAUUUAGAUACAAAUAGACAUAUACCAUAUCGGGAGCAUAAAUCCCUAACCGGCACCGCACGUUAUAUGUCAAUCAAUACGCAUAUGGGACGUGAGCAGUCGAGACGUGAUGAUCUGGAGGCAUUGGGUCAUAUGUUUAUGUAUUUCUUAAGAGGUUCACUGCCGUGGCAAGGCCUGAAGGCUGAUACACUCAAGGAGAGAUAUCAAAAAAUCGGUGAUACAAAGCGUGCAACGCCCAUUGAGGUGCUUUGCGACGGCCACCCCGAAGAGUUUGCAACAUAUUUGCGUUAUGUGCGGCGAUUAGAUUUUUUCGAAACGCCGGACUAUGAUUUUCUGCGAAGACUGUUUCAAGACUUAUUCGAUCGUAAGGGCUACACCGAUGAAGGCGAGUUCGAUUGGACAGGGAAGACAAUGUCAACGCCCGUCGGAUCUCUACAAACUGGCCAUGAAGUCAUCAUUUCACCAAAUAAAGAUCGUCAUAAUGUUACGGCUAAGGACGUUUCGUAUUUUGAUUUUGAUGAUGAAGAGGAUAAUGAGAAUGAAGAAUAUAUAAUACUUCAGACAAAUGCCAAAGGAGGUGUUGCUGCGUGGCCUGAUGUGCCUAAGCCAGGCGCUACACUUGGCAAUCUAACACCGGCCGAUCGGCAUGGUUCAGUGCAGGUUGUGAGUUCGACAAAUGGCGAACUGAACGCGGACGACCCCACGGCUGGCCACUCGAACACGCCCAUCACACAACAGCCCGAAGUAGAACUGGUCGACGAAACGAAUGGUUCCUUAUAUUCCAGAUGUUGUUGUUUCUUUAAACGAAAGAAGAAGAAAUCAACUCGCCAAAAAUGACUAGACGGUGUACAAUGUAGUCCAGAACGGGAGGCAGUCACCCUGCUCCGCGCCACUUCACAUUCAAACUCACGGGAUAGCGUCUUGAAUAAUCCGAGUCAGGAUUAUAUCCAACAGGCAACGUCGCAGCACACGUUGCGUUAUCCUCCAUCCGCGUCGAUGCUGACGCCAACACCAACUACAAACACACCGACACUUCCGUUGUAAUUUAUAUAUAUAUAUAAAUAAUUUACAUAAAUGUAGAGAGAACAGAAACUAAAACAAAAACGCAAAAAGCAAAAAA